AAAUCGAGACAUAAAAAAUGUCAAAUAAAGAUGAAAGUUAUUUACAUUUGUAAAAACAAAAAUAUAAUAAAGAGGUUUUCGCUAUAUUUCAGUUUGUGAUUACUGUGAUGUAAUUAAUUACUUAUUUGAAGGAUUUAAAAAUGGCUUUAAUAGAUUUGAUGCAAAUUUACAAAGACGUUUAUUCUCAAAAAGUUGCACAUUGUGCGUUGUGUUUCAAAAGCGACGUAGAAACGCGAUUAGUGUAUUCCAAAGUCUACAAGAAGGCCGUUGAAGCUUUGAAGUAUUCGGAACCAUUUACGCAGAACACUCAACUGUGCUACUUGUGUGAGAGUCGUAUGGCAUCUUUUACGCGUUUAUUGGACACUAUCCAGGUGGCGAUGGAGGUGCAAAGGGUCUUCAUUAGAGCUGAUAUGUGCACUGAAUACAGGAAUAAUAUAAUGGAAGGUAAUCUAAACAUGUGUCUAAAUGAUUUUACAAAGUUUAGAGAGAGAAUGCAAUUUUAUAGAACAAAUGUUUUGGUUGUGGAUUCUUCUGAGAUUGCAGAAACUCCGCCUUUACCGCCAGAACCUCCUAAAAAGAUACCACCUCCGACAAAAACUAAGGAAACAGAAUUAAUGAAGGACACAGAAGUUUUAAAAAAUAAAGAUAUUGAAACAGAUUCUAGACAAUUAAAUACCUCGGAGUUUACAAAUGUUUUGCCAAACUCCAAUAUUGUAUUGGCAUUAGGCCCUGAAGAGGAUUUAUGCAUGGUGCCUGCGAUAACUGUGGACGGAACCAACGGUAUUAACUUGAAAAGCCAAAAAAUAACAAUAAUACCGGAGAAAUUAUUUAUGAAUAUAAAAAAAACACAAAACGAUGGAAAAAUAAUCAAAGUGAAACCGCAAUAUUAUUCAAAAAGGUACAGGGAUUUAGUGUUGCCGAGAUUUUUUCAAAAGAAAAGACACGAUGAUUUUUUAAUGUCGAAAAUUUUGCAAAAAACAACACAAGAGGAUUUACCUUUACCGCAGUUGACGAAAAUACAACAAGAGUUGCCGUUACCUAAAUUUAAACAAAAAAAGCCACAAGAUAAGGGAAAAGUAAAAAAAAAUGAAGCUACAUUACCUCUUAUAGUUGACUGUAGAACGGAUAAAACUGCAUUUAGUGAAGAAAUUAAAAAAACUGACAAUUCAGUGUCACAUGUGAAACUUCCUAUCAGAACAAACUCUGCGGUAGAUUGGGAGGAUAAAAUCCCUAUAGAAGUUAUUUCAUUCGCGGACGAUGAUUGAAUCUAACGUCGAAGAAAACACCGAAAGAACAAGCAAAAUAAUAAGAUUGUUUUAUUAUACAUAAUGAUUUUAAUUUAUUCUGUUAGAAAAUUGAAUUUUUUUCACAUGGUAAUACCGAUAGCGCUAAAGCGAACUAUUUGACAAAUGUCAAAUUACGUAUUUGACAAUUGUCAAAUUAUUUGACAUUAGCUUUGAUGCAGGUUUUUAUAUUUUUAAUGUAUAAAGCUAUAAAAUAAAGUUAUAGUAGAAAUAGUGUAAGGAUUAUUGUAAAAGAUGUGUUUAUGAUAUUUUGUUGUGUUUUUUUAUUUUAUUUUUAAAACAGAAACAAUAGAUUGUGAUAAAUUCGCCUGCAUUUGUCUUUACAAAAUACUUACGAUACUUACGACUUUAUAAGAUACUUUUAUCUAUACUAUUAUAAUAAAACGUAAACACACACUUAUUUGUUACCUAAGAUGUCGACAAUCACAGC